CUGUAUAAGCGCCAAUGAAUCACAAAGUCGAAUCGGAACUGUAGAUGAUAGGAAGGAACAAAGAAAGGAAUAUAGGUUAAGUUCAAAGUGGUUAAGCUCUCUAAUGUCGUCAAUGAAUACGUCAUCAUGAAGAAAUAAAUAAUUUCCAAGUGGAUGGACUUGGGGAGGUCCACACAUACGUCGUCAAUGACGACCACGUCCCUUAAGGCGAAAUAAACACUUGCCUUCCUAAAUUCUCUGAUCAAUCAAUGUGUAUAAAUAUGCGCAGAUAUAUCCAUUAUCCUCCACAAUUCAGGGAAAAUCUUCAAAGUGUUUGCAGAGAAAUCUAAAUUCAUCAACAGUUUUUUACAAAAGAAAUGGAAAACGGAGAAGCAAAACAGAGUGUACCUCUUCUCACUCCCUAUAAGAUGGGAAGAUUCAAUCUUUCCCAUAGGGUUGUUCUAGCACCAUUGACGAGACAGAGAUCGUACGGAAACGUUCCUCAGCCUCACGCUGCCAUAUAUUACUCUCAGAGAACGACUCCAGGAGGUUUUCUCAUCACUGAAGCCACUGGAGUUUCAGAUACAGCUCAAGGAUAUCAAGAUACUCCUGGGAUAUGGACUAAAGAGCAUGUGGAGGCAUGGAAGCCAAUCGUUGAUGCUGUACAUGCCAAAGGUGGUAUCUUCUUCUGUCAGAUCUGGCAUGUUGGCCGCGUUUCUAAUAGCGGGUUUCAGCCAAAUGGAAAAGCUCCUAUCUCUUGUUCGGAUAAGCCAUUGAUGCCUCAAAUUCGCUCUAAUGGCAUCGAUGAAGCUCUCUUUACCCCUCCAAGACGGCUUGGUAUCGAAGAAAUCCCCGGCAUUGUCAAUGAUUUUAGGCUUGCUGCAAGAAAUGCUAUGGAAGCUGGUUUUGAUGGAGUUGAGAUUCAUGGAGCUAAUGGCUAUCUGAUUGACCAGUUCAUGAAGGAUACGGUGAAUGAUAGAACUGAUGAAUACGGUGGAUCAUUGCAAAACCGUUGCAAAUUUCCUCUAGAAAUAGUCGAUGCAGUUGCUAAGGAGAUCGGACCAGACCGUGUUGGAAUCAGGCUCUCUCCAUUUGCUGACUACAUGGAAUCUGGAGACACUAAUCCAGGAGCAUUAGGGCUUUAUAUGGCGGAAUCUUUGAACAAAUACGGAAUCCUCUACUGUCAUGUGAUUGAAGCGAGAAUGAAAACAAUGGGAGAAGUACAUGCUUGUCCUCACACACUAAUGCCGAUGAGGAAAGCGUUUAAGGGGACUUUUAUCUCCGCAGGAGGUUUCACGAGGGAAGAUGGGAAUGAGGCUGUGUCAAAGGGAAGAACUGAUUUGGUGGCUUAUGGUCGAUGGUUUCUAGCCAACCCGGACCUGCCAAAGAGGUUCCAAGUGGAUGCACCGCUGAAUAAGUACGAUAGACCAACGUUUUACACUUCUGAUCCAGUCGUCGGUUACACCGAUUACCCUUUCCUCGAAUCAACAGCUUAAAAUUGUUAUCAAUAAUGUAAUGUAGUGUGUUUCCCUUAUAUAAGAUGUAAUAAGUUUCUGGCUUUUCAUUUAUACUUUUUAAGUUUAAGUCAUAAAACCUUCACAAAAAUUUCCACGGACACAUUAUCACAAAAGCGCUUUCUAGAGACCAACAUAACUUAACUUGAUUGUUGAUUUCUGUUUGAUGUGAUCAUGCCGCAAUCCAGUGUGUUCUCAUGAUGCUAUCUUCCCUCCUUUCACAUGCUGCACAGAACAAAACAGAGCAUUUUCCUCCCAACUAUACCUAAUUUUUUUUGGUCGGUGGUCAAAGUUAUACAUCGGAAGAAUCUGUUGAAAUCAUAUUGAGGCCCCUCAUUUGUUAUGUUAUGUAAUCUCCAAUGGAUCAAAAGUAGAAUCCCAACUGUAGAAGAUGAUACUAUCAUGCUAGGUAGAAGACAGCAUGGAAUAUGGGGUAAGUUCAAAGUGGUUACACUCUAAUGUCGUCUCAACGAAUACGUCUUUAUGAAGAAAUAAAAAAAUCUAAGUGGUUGGAUGCGUCAUCAAUGACGACCACGUCGUUAAAGACA